AUGGAAGGCACUCCUGUUACCACGCAGAAUGCAGAUUGCUACUUUAACCUAGAUGUGUACUCUUCAGUGUUCCAGAGCACUCCAGCAGAAACUCCGAAACUUUACAAGAAUCCGAGGAAACGAAAGGCAACAGACGUGGAUAAUUGCGAGGUAACAUGUCCAGAAACUCCGCCGUUUUCCAGUACCUUGAACGAAUCUUUAUUCAACCAUUUUGAGAAAUUUCACCUUGAUCAUGGAGAAAGUACUAUUUUUGAAGAAACUCCGACUGCCAGUGACGAGGAUCGGGCAAAAAGUAGAAGUGGUAGCAAGCGGUUUUGUUCACUGCCAAAUACACCAGAUAAACAGCAAGUCAAGACUACCAGGACUGCAUCCAGCAGUGUUGUGAAGAAUUUUGUAUCACAGUCACCAUUAAACAAGGACGCUUAUGAUAUCCUGUAUCCAUCAAUCCCUUGCCUGGAUCCUGCUAGAAGGCAAUUUUCAACACCUCAAAAAGUCAAUGCUUCAUAUUCAAAGAAAUGCCUGUUUUUUCAUCAUAACAAAGAUCCCUUCACCGCUGUUGUUUCAAAUUCUGUUAUUAUGACCCAGAUACUCAAGUAUUUGUCUAACGGCGACUUGUACAGGCUAUCACAGACAUCAAAGCACUUUAAAGAAGCAAUAAUAGUGGGUAGACGUGCCAAAACUAGAUACUACAGAUUCCUACAGAUACAUGCGCUGCUCAAAGAAAACUAUAAAAUAACUCCACCAUCAUCACCUGAAAAAGAUUCAGGAUAUGAAGAUGCCAGUCCUGGAUCAAAAAACCACAUAUAUUUUCGUGAAAUAGCAAGUUGCUUAAACAAAAACCAGUCUCUGAUCAAGUGCCCAAGGUGUGACAAAGCAUCAGUGGUAGAGAACCAUAUUGCACAAUGUCAAAACUUGAACCAUUGUGGCUACAUCUUUUGCCGAAAAUGUAAUAGUUUCUCUAAUGAUCCUAGAGCAUUUAAAGAUGAUUGCAAGAAUGCUCAAUUAAACGUUCCUAAGCCAAGAAACCUCUUAAGUGAUCUCAGCAAUUGUACUUCUUCCAGUGAUUAUGUAACAGACAGCAGUACUUCAUUCUUCUCAAGCUCACUUAGCAUGACCUCGAGCAGAUAUGAAUCCUCAGGAUUUUAUUCUGAUGCAGAGGUUACACCAAAGCAGAAUGUAAAAAGGAAUUUAUCGAAAACCCUAUCAUCGAAUGAGAUAAAAAUUUUAGCAGUUAGCAAUGUAAAUGUUGGAAAGGAAAGUGUGAGAAGUCAACGGCGGCGUACAUCUCUUUUACCAGUGCUACCAUUAGAUACAAAAAAGCCAUUUGAAAUUGUAGAUCCAUCAAGUCCUCCAAAAGUCAAGCAACCUUCGGUGUGCUCAAAACAGAGCAAAAGGAAUCUCAAGAGACUUACACGGUAG